CUAAUUUUUUCUAUAUAUUUUUAGUUGGCCAAUUAAUUUCUUCAAGAUAUCUCUUUUAACAAAGGAUUUCACCUGCCUCAGUGAUGCAGGGCAGGCCAGAGGUCCCAAAAAGAGUAGGGGAAGUUUUAAAGAGACAGAAAAAUUUUCUUUUUUUUCUUCAGGCCCUUCCAUCUGUUCCUUCUAUUCACCCAGUCAGAGCGAAGUGGGGACAUAGUUGGGUGUUGUUGGGUGCUUGCUGGGUGUAGGACCUGUGCCAGGUCAGGGGGUGGAGACCGCAGUGAGAUACAGCCCCUGGCCUCGGGAAGUGUAUGUUGGGGUUUCACUGGGGAUUGGAGGAAAAGGCCAGAGAGAAAGGAGCCCAGGAGAACAGCAUAUUUAAAACUACAGAAGAUGACAAUAUUGCCUUAAGAGCUACAAAAUGCUACAAGCAGGAAGAGGAGGGUCCUCACUUCCUGCUCACCUGCUGUGUGCUAGACACUGAGCCAGGCCCUUUCCCGGAUGUUCCUUCAUGUGGUCCUCAUGUGUCCUGUGAAUGAAAAUAAGAGCAUUAGCAGCUACUAUUUCUAUGCCAGCCACUGUUCUAAGUGCUUUAAUCCUUAUAACACAGUAAGAGAUGAGUAGUAUAGCUCUGUUUUAUGAAUGAGAAAACAGGAUUGGAAAGAUUAAAUAAAAAAGGUGACAUCUGCCGGUGUGUGUGGUGGCAGUGGAGAGGCUGGAACUGGGGUCUAGCUGAGGGGGCAGCCUUGGAGGAGAGCUGGAAGGCUGAGUAGUGUGCCGGCAGCAGGAUGGGGAAAGAAAGGCAUUCCAGGUAGCCGCGGCUGCAUGGUUAGAACCAGGAAAGACCCUGCUGUGUAGGAGCACAGCAGGUGGGGUGGCACCAAGGCCGGGGCCCUGAACCCCAGGGUGAGGGGUAUGGGGCAGGUUUUUCAGGCAGUGAGGACGCCUUAGAAGUUGUGAGCUAGAGAGUGAUGAAGUGAGAGCCCUGUAGUGCCGUGCGUAGGGGGGCUUCUCUUCUGCAGUGCUCUACGGAAGUGGGAAUGAGGGUUUCGCUUGAACAAGGUGGGCUGUGAGAUUGGAGGAGAGAAUGGGGCCCAUUCUAGAGUGAGGGAGGAAAGACCCUGCAGCCUUUAGAGCCAAGGAGGCUUAGACAUUGGCAGUCAGCUGGGCCGGUCCCCUACUCUGGCAAACAAUAAAGGACCCCAAGGCUCACAGAAGGGGUUGCCCAACACCACUCAGGGAAAGAACAAGAGGCAGGACUAGGACUGCAGCCAACCCACCAUGAGGCCAGUCCUUGGGAUGGUCUUUAGGGUGGCCCAAAGAGCCCCAGGCAGUUCCAGGGCCAGGAGGUCAGAAUAAGGCCCUGCCUUCUAGAACCUACCACCCACACGAGGUAGUAGUCACAGAGAGAGAGGAGGGUGAGCAGGACUGGGCCUUGAGCAUCUGAUAGGAAACUAAGAGCUUCAACGAGAUCUGGAGGGGAGGGCGGGGUACUAUUGGACUUUUUAUGUUCUUUGGGGCCCUUUGGUGAUGCUGGGAGAGGACCAGAACCCCAGGGCUGGCCACUGAUGCCACUCCCUGACUUUUCCAUUAAUUCAUUCACUCAAUAUUUGUUAUUUUUUAGAGACAGAAUAUUCACUGAGUGCCCACCCUGUGCCACCCACUGUUCUAAGCCUUUGAGAUACAUUAAUGAGCAAAACAGCCAGAGAUCCCUGCCUGAAAGACGGGAUACAUCAUGGGUCAGAGGCAAUAAAUGUGACGAGAGGAAGAAGAGAAAGAGCCGGGUGCUGACUGCUGGGGGGCAGGGCAGACAGCAAGGUUGUUGGGGGGCUCACCGAGGAGCAGGUGAGGGGGUUUGAGGUGGGGAGGCUGAGAGUGUCCAGGAAGAGGGAGCAGCCAGUGCUAGGCCUGGAGUCAGGGGUGGCUGGAUGUGAGGUCAGAGGAAAAUGGGCGGUGCCUGCGGCUUCCUGAGCCUGGGAAGGAUUUUGGUUUUGGCUUUGAGCGGGACAGGCCCUUGUAGAGAGACACAGGGCUCUUUAUCUCUCCAAGCCCCCAUCUUUCCCCUGGGAAAGAAGAGGCCUAGGCAGGCUGUCUUUGACUCACACACGGGAGUUGUAAACAACUCUGGGAGAACAGCUUCCGGCUGCCGCCAGUUCCCACGGAGCCCACACGAUGCCUGAUGCCUGUGGAGGAGUUCGUGGCUGGUUGGAUCUCUGCACAGACUUGUGCCCUGGGCCUGGCGUGAGGCUCGCACUCAUACCAUCUUCUUGUCACCACAGGAGCUCUGGGCUUGGUCCUGGGACACCCCUUUGACACUGUGAAGGUGCGGCUGCAGACCCAGACCACGUACCGGGGCAUCGUUGAUUGCAUGGUGAAGAUUUACCGCCAUGAGUCGCUGCUGGGCUUCUUCAAGGGCAUGAGCUUUCCCAUCGCGAGCAUAGCCCUGGUCAACUCCGUGCUGUUCGGGGUCUACAGCAAUUCCCUGCUGGCACUCACCGCAACUUCCCACCAGGAGCGGCGCACCCAGCCGCCCAGCUACACACAUGUCUUCAUAGCAGGCUGCACUGGGGGGUUCCUGCAGGCCUACUUCCUGGCCCCUUUUGACCUCAUCAAAGUCCGGUUACAAAACCAGACAGAGCCGAGGGGCCAGCUGGGGGGCCCCCCACCCCGGUACCGGGGACCCAUGCACUGUGCAGCCUCCAUCUUCCAGAAGGAGGGGCCCCGGGGGUUGUUCCGAGGAGCCUGGGCCCUGACGCUGAGAGACACCCCUACAUUGGGAAUCUACUUUGUCACCUAUGAAGUGCUCUGUCGCCAGUAUACACCAGAGGGCCAGAAUCCUAGCUCAGCCACAGUGCUAGUGGCAGGGGGCUUUGCUGGCAUCGCGUCCUGGGUCACAGCCACACCCUUAGACGUGAUCAAGUCCCGGAUGCAGAUGGACGGGCUGAAGCGGAGGGCGUACCAGGGCGUGCUGGACUGCAUGGUGAGCAGCGUCCGGCAGGAAGGCCCGGGGGUCUUCUUCCGGGGGGUCACCAUCAACAGUGCCCGUGCCUUUCCUGUCAACGCUGUCACCUUCCUCAGCUACGAAUAUCUCCUACGCUGGUAGGGAUGAGCCUGGCUGGGCGAUGCCAGUAGCUCCCCAGCAGGCCCAGCGCCCACCCACCAGUUGGAGAUGGAGCCGAGAUCGGAGGUCAAUUUGGAAGCACAGUUUGUAAUUCAAAGGCACGAGUUUCAGCUCUUCUGCAUCAAGGCACCUCCCAGCCGCCCAGAGUGGGCUGUGCAGACGCCAGCGCCAGCGGGCUCAGCCUCCCUCCGUGAAGUCGUGGAGCAGAGAGCCGGGCACAGGCGGCCUGGCCAGCGUGCUGAGUGCCACAGCCCCGCGCCUCCUGAAGAGCUCUGGACGCUCUGCCGCUGGCACCAGCCCAGCCCUGCUGCCUCCCACCGCCCCUGUCACACCGCGCCCUUCCAUGACUCAGAAUCCUUCAGUGGCUCCCUCCACCACCUGGGCCCUCCUGCCCACAAGGCUUUGCUGUUCUUUAGUGGCUUCCCGGCCCCUGAACAAGCGGUGUUCUGUCAUCACCCUGGCCUGGAAGGGUGAUUCCUUCCUGACCGGCAGUGCGCAGUGUCUGGCAGGGUGACGUCGUGAUCCCCUGCCUGACCCCAUUCUCCUCCAAGACCCAGGCUGAGCACUGUCCCCUGGAGUCCUUCCUUGGCUCCUCCCCCAAGCCCAGGCUGGCUUUGGGGUUCAGACAUCCCGCUCACGUUCCUGGAUCAUGGUGCUGCCUGCGCUGCUUCAGAGCUGCCGGUUCGCUUCUUGACUUCCCCACUGGAUGGCGAUGGCGGUGAGCUGCUCCAGGCGGGGGUUGUACUUCUGCGUGUUUCCCAGCACGUGUCCAAUAAAUGCUCGUUAAGUGAA